GUCAAAAUAAGGUGGACAGAGAUUAACUAAAUAAUCUGCUGGUCCAAGUAGCAGAUUAAUUAAGUACUUUGUUUAUAUUUCUGUAAUCAGAAGAGGUAUUAAUGAUUUUGUCCCCCAAAAUAAUGACAAAAUAAUAUACAGGAUCAUAGAUUAAACUAAUUUCUCCACAACUGCCUGUAAAAACUUGCUACAAAGAAUGACAAUUACCGGUAUACCAAAGAACUUCAGUUGGACAGCCUAGUGUAGUUCCAGUUUAGUUUGUCAAAAGGUGUUGAUUAAUCAUUAAGAUGUCCAUCUUUAAGCGAUUCCUUGGUAGCAAGGAGAGUGAUGGAUCAACCAAACAACUAACAUCACCCACAGCUAGUAUGCAGCCAAUGGGUCAGCAGUUACAAAGAAAAUUUGCAAAAGGUGUCCAAUAUAAUAUGAAAAUUGUGAUUCGUGGUGAUAGAAAUGUAGGUAAAUCUUGUAUAUUUCACCGUUUACAAGGACAUAAAUUUAUAGAAGAAUAUAUUCCCACGGAUGAAAUACAGGUGGCUAGCAUACAAUGGAAUUAUAAAGCUACAGACGAUGUUGUUAAAGUUGAAGUGUGGGACGUGGUUGAUAAAGGUCGGCCUCGUAAAAAGAUGGAAGGGUUAAAAUUAGAUAAUGCUGCAGAAAUUAUGCCAACAGAACCUUGUUUAGAUGCAGAGUUUUUAGAUGUUUAUAAGGGAACACAUGGAGUUAUUUUAAUGUAUGACAUAACUAAGCAAUGGACAUAUGCUUAUGUAGAGCGGGAAUUAGAGAAAGUACCUCUACAUAUUCCAGUGUUAGUGUUAGGUAACCAUAGAGAUAUGGGACAUCAUAGAACAGUUAAUCAAGAUAAAGCCAAAUUUUAUGUAGAAAACUUACAACGUGAACGACCAGAAGGAUCAGGGCAGAUCCGUUAUGCUGAAUCAUCCAUGAGAAAUGGUUUCGGUUUAAAAUAUCUACAUCUUUUCUUCAAUGUUCCAUUUUUACAAUUACAGAGACAGACAUUAUUAAAACAACUAGAAACUAAUACCGAUGAUCUCAACUCAACAAUUGAAGAAUUAGAAAUACACGAAGAUUCUGAAGAACAAAAUUAUGAUCUAUUUAUUGAAAAUUUAACAUCAAGUCGGCGGAAACAGGCAGAAAAUUUAGCAGAACAAGCAACCGCUGAAUCCAAAUUUAAACAAGAUGCAUCAGGAGCCAUAACUUUGAAAGAUCAGACACAGCUUGAGUUAAACACAAACAGUAAUACUGCAACAGUACCACGAUCUGUCUCACAGCCAGCAUUUACAAAGAUUCCCUCCACAUCAUCACUAGAAACCUCAACUACACAACAGACAGCCCUGCCAUCUAAAAGUACACCAGUUACUCCAGCUACAACUCCUCAGGUCGAGCAGAAGCCAGGCUUUCUUUCACGCUUCUUUAAGAAGUCUGAAACACAAGAAGUGCCAAAAGAAAUUGUUACAGAAUUACAUGAUGGUGAUAUAAUGGUUAAAUCUGUAGAUGAUUUUGUACCCGAAUCUGAUGGAAUUGAUAAAGCUUUCCUUGAUGAUAAUACUAAAGAUAUCUCUGAUACACGCAAAACCAAUGAUGGAGAUUCAGACAGUGAUGAAGGAGGCAUCAACCCUAUGGUGGCUGGGUUUCAAGAUGACUUAGACUCUGAAGAUGAGGCAGCUCAGGUUUCAACUAAUCAAAAACCGUCUAUUAUUGCAAAAAAAGCACAGGAUGUAGAACUCUCCAGUGAGGAGGAAGAUAAUGUUGUUUCACCCACUGUUAUUUCUGCAGUUGUAUCAAAAGACAUUGACAUUUCCUCUGAUGAGGGGGAUGGUUCUCCUCCUGUUAAAAUAAUGCAAAAUGAGGAUUUUGAGGAAAAAGCUAAACAUGCUUUGGAUCCAGAAAAAAAGUUACGAAAGAAUAGGCAUUCAUCAACAGCAGUUAUAGAAUUGUCUGAUUCUGAGGAUGCGGCGGAAGUGGAAAAAGUAGUAGAAGUAGACAUUCCAAAUGUUGUAGUGACAGAGGCUGACGAUAAACCACAACAAUUAAAUAUUCCUAAAGAGGAUUUAAAUAAUUGGUUGGAUGAAUUAGAAGAAAAAUCUAGUGUAGUAUCAGCAGCUAGUAAAAGUAUAGAAGAUAGUGAUGAUGAAGCUACUGGUGCUAUGAAGAUAUCUGUCAAAAACAUUAGUUCAGAUGUAGAUGAGAUGUCAUCUUCUACUUCAUCAACUAAAAAGAAGAAAAAGAAGAAGUCAACAGAAGACAAGGAUGAAGAAAAAAGCAGUAAAAAACAAAAAAAGAAGAAGGAUAAAGAUAAGGAUAAAGAAAAGGAAGGAGAGAGUGGAAAGAAAGAAAAGAAGAAAAAAAAGAAAAAGAAGGAAGACAGCGAAGAACAAAAAGAUAUGGAUGAUUUGGAAUCAUUUCUUGCCAGUUCGGAUCAACCAGGUGCAGGGGGAGAUUAUGAAACAUUGUAGGAUGUAUGGUUACGGGAAAACAAGUUAUUCAUUUGGCUCGGGUUCCUAAUAGAAUGACCAUGUGAAAACUUUAGGUUUUGUCAAGAUUUAUACAGAGUGAUUUUUCAAUUCUAGUUGAAACAAAUUAUAACCCCAUUAACAUAAAAUUUUAUUCUCUUUUUGCAUUUGAAAUUGUCUUCUGGUAAUAAUUUAAUUUUAUUAAUUGUAUCUGUAAGGCUACUGACCAUUUAUAACCAGAAGUACCGUUAAAUCUAAACUUUAUAUUUUCCAUUCCAUUUAACUAUAUUGAGAUUAUUUUGUGUUGGAUUAAUAGAAUAUUGACAAGUUGAUAUAGGUUGUGUCUCUGUCAUCUAAUUGUUUCUUAUUCCAAUACAAAGUGUGACGUCUCUUUUAAUCAAUGUAAAUGUUCAAAGGAUGAAAUUAGUAGAUUUGAUGAUUUUAACAUUAUGCUCUGCAAACUCUUAUACUAAUGCAUAUGAUUUAUUGUGGCACAUUUUUUUGUCUUCAUAGAAAAUCAGAACUUCCAUGACAAUACAGCAGACUAAAGUGCAUAUUAUAGAAUAUUCAGAGCUGUGAUGAUGUUACUCUUCUAUGAUUACAUGAACAUAGAUACAUUAGGCAUUCAGAUUCAUUAUGCACAAAGACCAUGCGGUUAGUGUAUAUAGCAUAUAGACAGACUAUUUGAUCCCCCAAGUAAAAUUCUCUAUUGGGACCUUUAAGUAUCAAGGACAAAAUAGAUAGUCCUCAUAGUUGAGUAUCUUUUUGUUGAAAUGAUUUUGAUAAUGUGUUCACUGUAAAAAUAAAAACAGUAUUAUUAAGAAUAAUAGUAGAAGCCCUCUAAUAAAGGUUGUGUUAAACAUAAGAUUUUAUGCUUUGAGUAAAACUUGGAUUUAUACAUUGUUAAACAUGGGGAUUUAUACAUUGUGGUUAUUUUAAACUGUAUAAAUACUAUAUUGUAUCGCAUUAUGUACCUCAAAUCUAUAUAUAUACAUACAUGUAUAUAAAAAAUGUGUGGAUGGGAAUAUGGUGCUUUAUUAGCAAUAUAUUUUAUAUCUUAAGAAAUAUAGAUUAUCAUUUGUUUGAAACUUUAACUUUUAAAAUUGUGUGUAAAUUAUUGUUAAUUGUUACCAAUUUUAUUUCUUAGGCAUGUCUUUCAAUCUAUCAACUUUCUAUUGUCUUUUUUUCAUUUGUGAAAUUUCUAAUUAAAUGUAAAUUAUUUAUUGCAUAUCAAAUUUUAAAGAUUUCCCAAAAUUCUGUAAUACACCCUCGCAGAUAUUUCAUUAGUAAAAGGUAGUACAUUAAUUUAAUAAAUGAAAUAUAGUUAUUUAUGCUGCAUUUUCUGUGAUGUUAAUAUAUUUAUUUGUAGUUUUAGUAGAACACAAACAUUAGGUACGCAAUAUUUUGUUGAUUUUAACAACACUGUCUCUUUAUUGUUAUGCAUUUAUGUCUGUAUUAAUAUAAGAUAAUAUUUAAAAUCGGUAUUGACAUAUAUAAAUGAAAUUAUAUUUGAAAAAAUAUUUUCAUUGAAGUAAAUUUUUAUUUGGAUUUCUGCUGAUAUCUCUGUCUGGUUGAAAUUGCAUGACAGUAGUUGAUAUUAUUAUAUAUGAUAAUACAAUAGGUAAGGGUUACAUUAAACAUACAUUAUGCAAGAGCAAAAUCUGAUUAUUGCAAGUCUUAAUUUAGGCUUCAGAUGUUAUAGAAAUUAUAAAUUAGAUCUUUAUUUAAACAACAAGCCCAAAAUCAACUCUGUAGACCCACGGAUGGCUCGGCUACAACUCGGAUUUAAAUAGGAUUUCACUUAUUAAUUAAUUCAAAUAUGGCGCAUCCUGAUGAAAAUGCGUCAGUUAGAUCGAGGCUAAAUGAUAGAGUGUACUUAGCGAGGCCGCUGUAGAGCGUUUCCGCAUUCCAUUGAAAACUUUACUUGAUAAUCGAGAUAUGUAGGUGGAGAUAACGCCUGUCAAUCAAACGAUCAGCCAAGGUGAAAGCACAUUUCACUACCAUUUCUAGUCAAAUAUUACAACGAUGAUAACUAUGUUCAGAAUAAAGUAAUUUGACUGAAAUUUUCAAUAUAUUCUUCUUUCAUCAUCUACUUUUGAACUGUAUAGCAAGAAUAUCCAAUUCUCUAUAAAAAUCUCCCAUAAUGUAUCUUUAAUAACUUGAAUAAUUAUAUUAUAGUACUAGGAAAACAAAUUAUAUUCAUUAUUAAAUCAUUAUUAAAUCAUUAUAAUGCUUUAUUAGUAUAUAGUUUUGAAUAUUUUAAUGUUUGAAAAACCUAAUAAUUUUCAUGUGUCAUUUCAUCAAUUUAGCCAUUUGUUAGACAACCUGUGAUUGGUCCUUGAGUCUUGCAACCCAACAUAUGAUAGAUAUUCUGAAUGUGCCAGAAUUUUGUUAAAGAUGCUGAAAUUUUGUUAUAGAUGCUGAAAUUUUGAUAAACGGUGCAUAAUGGGAUGCAACUGGGAAUAUGUGUAAUAGACAUACAAUUCUUUUACUGACUCCUGGAGUAUGUAUGUUUAAUAUUGUUGUAUAUUUAUUAUGUUGUAUAUGUGUAUUAUAUAAACUAGUACCAUUUUUACCUUCUCGGAGAUCCAUUACCUGUCGCUAACAAGUAAACUCUACUAAUGAUUUAAUUCAUUUCACAAAACAAUCCUUAUGAAUAUAAACCACAAAUUGUAUUCUGCCAACAUCUUGCACAAAGAAAUGGGAUCUAUUGUGGCUCCCUGUUAACAAGGGUGACAGUUGUGAUCCAUAGAUCUUUAUGAAAACUAUGAAAUUAAACAACCAUUUUAUUUCAUUUCUUUAAUUAUUAUGAUAAAGAGCAGGGCUCUUGUUUCAGUAAUAUUUGUCAGUUUUGACUGACAGACUGACUGACAGUGAAAUUGACUGACUGGAGAACUUACCUGUCAGUCUGUUGAAAUGCAAAAAAAAGUUGAAUUUCAAAUAACAUGAUAAAUACUGUUAAAUUUAUAGUUUUUAUGUGUAAAAAAACAUAUAAAAAUUAUUUUAAAAAUGGGAUAAUGUUAAAAGUUAUCAUAUUUUUAAAAACAGUAAACCUGCUUAUAAACUUUUGAAGUGAAAGCCCUUCUAGGAGUAAGCGUGUUAGCAACUAAUGGAUUUUCCUGAUUGAUGUUUUUAAACCAAAACUAAAUGUCGCAAUGUAAAUGAAGUGAAUUAUUUUCAAUCUGUUUUGAAAGUAUGUUUAUUAAAUAAACUUGUGAAUAUAAUUAAA